GAUUCUUGAGGAAGUAAAAGCCACUUCCUGGUCCAGCAGGCAGUACGAGGGCGAUAAGAAACCACCCCUACCCUUCUUCCUCUGGAAUAAUCCCUUAAGAGUUUAUCCUCCACAUUCUCCACCUCUUCUUUGGUAACGUCCUGUCCCCUGUCUUUCUGGCUGCCCUUCUUGGCCUCUGUUUCUUCACCUCCUAACAUCAGUGAACCACCUUGACUCAAGAUGGGCUCCAAACAGCCAGGCUUUCAGCUUCUGGUCAUUCUCCUAAUCUUCUGGAAAAGUGCAGGAGAAGAGUCUUCAUACAUCAUUGACAAUGUGGGCCUCACAAUCCAGCCCAGAAGCACAAUUGAGCGCGGGACGCCGGUGCUGAUUGGCUGCCAGGUCAGCGUGAGCCACAGCAACAUCCCUGACCUGGAGCACCAAUUCCAGAUUAUGAAGGAUGAAGUUCUUAUUUACUCCUUCAACACUACAAACAGCACUGUUAUGUUUGAGCUUAACCCAGCCAGGGCUGCAGACUCUGGGAGCUAUGAAUGUCGAGUGACAGUGAAGGACAAGAGCAAAGUCAGCUUCAGUGAGAGGCUAGAUGUCACAGGCCUGCAGACCCCAAGUCUUAGUCUAAAUAAUUCAAGGCCCUUUGAGAAUGAAGAGUUUGAAGCCAAUUGCAGUGCUCCAGGAGAAAAAGGACUCUUCAUAUUCCGGUUUUACUUGAGAUUUAGAACCGGGGAGCCUAAGACGAUAAAGCAACUGCAAACCAAUGGGAAUUCUAUAAAAACCACCAUAAAGCUAAGGCACAUCGGAGACUCCUAUCUAUCUUGCAACUAUGAGAUCAGCCUUCUCUCUGGAAACAAGCACUCUAACAGCAGUAACGAGACCCACGUAAUAGUCAAAGUACUCAACAUUACCCCAGUCGUGUCCGUGCAUCCCUCAGCAUUAAUCUUUGAGGAAGACGUGGUGGAAGUGUUCUGUAGAGUGGUGGAUGGUCCGGAUGUUGAAGUGUUCCUUACGAAGGAUAAGAUCAUUCUAAAGAAAGUCUCUGGCAAAAUGCUUGAAUACAAGUUUACUGCUAAAGAAAGAGACUCUGGAGAGUACAUUUGCAAAGCAGAGUGGGGAAAUGUCCAAAAAGAGAACUAUAAAACUAUCAAAGUCAAAGAACUAUUCUCAAAGCCGAAGCUGAUUUUAGAGCCGGUCGACCUGUUUGAAGGAGAUCGUUUCAAACUGACCUGCAAUAUCUCCAUUUAUGUGCCUGAGAGGAUUAACAGCAACAUUCUGUCAUAUACCUUCUAUAAAAAUAAUGCUGAAAUCACCACUUCAAAUUCCUAUAUUAGCAUGGCUCACCCGAACAUGAACGGCAACUACACAUGUAAAGCUAAUGCAUCCUCUUUAGGGAAACAUUUUAUUAAGGAGAGCCAAGCCCUUGUUGUCAAAGCCAAAGUUCCUGUUUCAAAGCCUGUUCUGAGCAUAGUAGGGGGCACGCUGCUGCUAGGAAAGCCUUUCCAGCUGCUCUGUCAGAGUGAGAGAGGCACUCUACCCAUCUCAUACACCCUAUAUGGCCCUGAGAAGCUGAAUGAAAGCAGGGAUGUGAGAAAACCAGGAGACAAGGCCAUCUUUAACUGUCCAGCCAUCUUUAAAAGUUCUGACUUGAGCAAAUUCCUCUGCCAUGCAAGAAACCACAAAAACAAGGUCCCUAUGAUAGGAUCCGGACAACUAAUGUUAAAGUCCACGAACAUCAUAGAGCCUGUGUCAAAUCCAGAGAUGAAAGUUGUCCCCAAUGAGGGGGAAGUGUCUGAGGGUGACAGCAUGAGCCUCGUCUGCUCUGUCCAGAGAGGCACUUUUCCCAUUAGCUUCACCUGGUUUCACACUGAAAUAGAGGAUCCUGUGGCUUCUGUGUCCACCAACAAAACGGAAGGAUCUUACAGAAUAAGCAAUGUCAAAGGAGAGCAUGGUGGGAGAUACUACUGCGUGAGCACCAACCAGGCCAAAGACAACAAACAGAGCAACAUUGUUCUGGUUGCAGUGAAAAUGGCUGGCUGGAAGAAAGGUCUCAUAGUAGUCUUCUGCAUCCUAAUCUUACUGCCCUUGCUCCUUGUUAUUGCCUGCAAAGCACAUUUGAUUCAAUGCAGGAGAAGAAGUACAGGCAGGCUGUCAGUGAAAUCGGCCAGCACCAAGGUAGAGCGGCUGAGCCUCACCCUCGCAGAAGUCAACGAGGCUGCCAACGUCACCCCAGGCAUGAUGGGUAAAAGUGUUUGGAGUGAACAGAUGUCGGGAUCUGAGUCUGAUGAUCAGACCAGUACAGUCACGCAGGAAAACCCUGAGCCUCAGUACACUCAGGUGCAGAUCAAAGAAAGAGAUCCCAGCAGAGCUCCUGUGAAACAGUCUACAGACACUGUGUACAGCGAAGUACGAAACUCACAGCACGGUGUCCCAGAAGUAUCCGAUGGUGUGUCCGUGGAAUACGCGCAGCUGAAUCACGACAACGAUCCCAGCAGUGACAAUUGUAACCAAGGAAACCCUAGUGCAAGUGCUAACGAAACAAUGGUCGUCAACACCUGUGUUAGCGAUGCCCCCGCCGAGCAGGAAGAAGGAAACUGUGAAGCAACACCAGACUGUUGAACAACAAAAAGGAACAGGAUUUCUCUAAUUUAUGAUGUUUACAAAAACAAGCUAACUAAUUUGUGUUAAACACUUUCCAAGCAUAUGUGUGUGGUUGCUUUUUUAAUACCUUUUAUUUUGGAAAAUUAAUUCCAUCUUUACUAGCGUUGUUUUAAAAUAAAAGGGUUUUGUAAAAUAUCUCCUUUUUUCUUUGGUCCCAAGACAGUAGUUAAAGGAAUUCUAUUUUUCUACAAAGAAAGUUUUUUAAAUGUCCCAAUUUUUCCACCCAUGCAAUAACAUUUUACAUGUGAAAAUUGUGUGCAUUUGUAACUAAAACUAGAAAAACACAAAUCAUCUUUUUUUUUAUUGUUAUCAUAUUCAGUUCUCCCGAUCUAAAAAAAAGUUGCAUAUGCUUUAAAAAAUAACUUUAAAUUAUUUAAUUUACAGCAGCAGAAAUAUUUUUGCACACCUGAGAAAGGUUUUUGUCGGUAAAAAAGGAUCUGUACAUGGUCAGAAUAAUCCUGCAUCUGCUCACUAUUUGGGUAACUAUAGCUUUAUAAACACUUUGUGUCAGUUAGUCAUUCAACAGGUAAAGUGUUUUGACAUAGACUGAAGUUUUUAGUACUUCUUUUAGAAACCACUUUGGUAUGUUAAUCUGCAGUUUAAUUUAAAACCACUAGAGGGUUCUUAAGGAAUCUCUACAGUGGAAACUCAGAGCCGUCUGGCUGUGAUGUCCUCUAAUGUGAGAGGAUCUGGUGCUGUAGGCACCUCAUCAGAAAUAUCAGUAUCAUUUUCCAUUAGCUAAGAUUUAAUUAAAUGACAUAACAAAGGCUUAUUCAAGGUCUCCAUGCCCCAGAUAUGACUAUCCUUGAUCCUGUUGGUCUGUCAACGUGCACAUAUCCAUUUUAUUGUGUCAAACCAGUACAUUAUUAUGUUAGAUGCUUUAAUAAUGUAUCAUUUUGUUUAUUAUAUAUAUGUCAAGACACCUGAUGAUUAUUUUAUUCCUACAGAAAUAAAUGCCUUCCUAAUGUUUAAGUCAAAACAUUAUUUAUUUUGUUGAAUUUGUUUAGCCAAAUCCAAGGAACUCAUUUGUAAAGAGGCUUACGAAAAAAUAAUUGUACACUAAAUCAAUUUUAGUGAUCUACAUUCACACACUAAAUUUAUUCUUCUAUUUCGUCCAUCUGUCACAAAGUUGAGCUUGGCUUCUUUAUUUAUUUACUUUUUUCUGCUGGCAAACAGACAGGUAAAUAGUCAAAGCAAGAAAAACACCUCAGAUUAUCUGUCAGACUUUUUAAAUUAUUAUUUUUUUUAUUUUUUAACCCCAUAUUUAACCAUUCAUGUCAUAUUUGAUUCACACAUUACUGGGACCCUUAUAACAUUGGCAUGACCAAAACUUUCCUUAAAACCUGUUGCUUGGCCCAUGUUUUCUGCCCUGUAGUUCAUCAUCAUUCCACUAGAGGCAG